CAUCUGUUUGUUUGUAAAAGUUUUUUUUGUUUUGCGUCAGAACCGACACUUGAUUUGGUGACCACAUCAAUGGCUGCACCAAAAUCGGUGGUUGUCUUAGGCGGCGGAAUCAGUGGCCUCUCGACUGCCUAUUAUUUGCAUAAAUUUUGUUCGCAACUCAAGACAAGGGUUCCGUUGCCGAAGAUUGUUGUCGUCGAAAGUUCAUCACAUUUGGGCGGUUGGCUCAAGACUUGUACAUUUGAUGACGGCGUCCGACACGAAUUGGGACCGAAAACACUGCGUGUGGCCACCAAUUCGGGUUAUAACGCUCUGUCACUCGUCGGUGAUCUCGGUUUGUCCGGUGAAGUGGUCGGCACUUCAGGCAAGUCUGUUGUCUCGCAAAAGCGCUUUAUUGUAGCCAACGAUGAAUUAGUUCAAUUGCCUAACAAAGUACAAGAUUUACUAUUCAAACGAAAACCAUUUACCAAAAGAUUGAUUAGUUAUGUAAUUCAAGACUUGCGUACACCGGUAAUCGAUUUGGAGGCCAUUGGCCGUGACAUUAGUGUCUAUGACUACGUUCAACGCCGAUUGGGUACCGAAAUUGCCGACUACUUUAUCGAUCCGUUGUGUCGGGGAAUAACUGCCGGUAACUCCAAAAAACUGUCAGUUUUAUCGGUGUUUCCCGAUAUGGUUAGAGGUGAACAAGAAUCGGGAGCAAUCAUAGCGGGUGCCAUUACCAAUGCACAGAAGACAAAUGUAAUGAAAUCCUUAUACGACAGUCCAUUGAUCACUGAAGCGCAGACCAAACGAUGGUCAACCUAUACAUUCAAUGAUGGUAUGCAAGCACUUCCCAAUCGACUGUGCGAUUAUAUGAUGUCUUUAGACGACAAAUCAAUUGAGAUAUACAAUGAUUCGACUGUUAAGAAAAUAGAUUUUGAUCCAACAACAAGAAGUACUACAAUAAGUAUAUCGACACCUGAAGACAACAAUGUUGAACUGGAAGCCAGUCAUGUAUUCUCAGCGAUUCCGGCCCGCAAUUUGGCCUCAGUUUUGUCCCAUAGGUUCGGUGAUCUGUCUGAAUCUCUCAACGAUAUCACUAGUGUUCAUAUGGCUGUCAUUAACCUUGAAUUUAAGGGCAAACUAAUGCCCGAUUCGUCUGGUUUUGGAUUUUUGGUGCCUUCGCGGGAAAACUCGAAUAUUUUGGGCAUUGUUUACGAUUCGUGUGUUUCGCCGCAAUUCAACGCCAAUAAAGACAUAACAAGACUAACAGUAAUGAUGGGCGGCGAAUGGUUUGAGGAAAUUUUCGGUACCAAUGAUGUCGACAAUGUGGACAAAAACUUGGUACUGAAUUAUGCUGUAGAUGCUGUCCGAAAGUAUCUGAAGAUCGGUGAUAAACCAUAUCGACAUAUAGUUUCAAUACAUAAAAACUGUAUACCUCAAUAUUAUUUGGGACAUUCAUUACGAUUGGCCAAAAUCGAUGAAUUAGUUAAAAAACAUUCGCUAAAUAUGACAUUAGUGGGCGCCUCCUAUCAAGGCUUUAGUGUUCCCGAUUGUAUAUACUAUUCAAAGUUGGCCGCCGAAAGUUAUGCCCAAAAUUUUAGGCGACAAAAUAAAUUGUUAGCAAAUGAUACCGAAAUCAAUGACAGUCAUAGUAACAAUAAUAAUGAAUCGUUAAAAGUCAAUCAAUUAUCUCAAUAAUAAUAAUAAUAAUAAUAU